GGAGAACCGCCCUCAGGAUCCUUCUCUCUCUCUCUGUUCAACUCCCCUCUCCUCCUCUAAUGCUUCCCUUCCCCACAUUUCACCAUUGAUUCUCGUGGGCUUUAUUGUUGCAUCUUUGUUGAAUAAUUAUGAGGAUUCCCUUAUUGAAAAGAAAGCCUUUUCACCUGGCUGAACUGCCUAAUGACUUGGAUCCAAAUGAGGUCGUAUACCAAGUUCGAUAUACAGGAGAAAUAUUUCGGGAUUAUGAUGAAUAUUUGAACCGGUUGAAGUUGUAUCGCCAAAGAGUUUGGAUGUGCAAGAUAUCUGGAAAGACGAACUUGACCUAUGAAGAGGCUUUGCUAUCAGAAGAACAUGCUAAAGAGAAGACGCAUAUGUUCCCUAAAGAGCUCAUGGCAUCUGCCCUGCAGAUUAUUCAAUACAGUAUGCUUCCAUUGAAAGAUCUUGCUGACAUGAUAGCUGCAAAGUUGAAUGAGCGGUUAUAUGUGGGUGCUGAGUUGUAUGCAAAGAAGGAUGCUGGUACCUAUUCCUGCAAGGUAUCAAAAGUUCUCAAGGAUGGUGCUGGAACGGUCAAAUAUGAAGUUGCCUGGCUGGACAGGAAUAAAGAAGUUACAGGGACUUCCAUUGUAAAUAAGGAAGAUCUGAUACAGAAGAAGCCUCAAUUUAGUAGAAAUUUCGUAAAAUUGUUUAUUCGGGAAUCUACCUACCGAAAUGCUCCUUGGGUUCUUCAUGAUAAACUUGCAAAAAGCCAUGGAAUCUCUAAAAGUAUUCCACCGAACUUAAAAGGCAAAGUAUCUUUCAAGGAUGGAUUACUAGUUUACAAGAAAAGGAAGGAAAUGGAUGAGGAAGCAAAAGACGAACCAGGAAAUGGUAAGAGGAAAAAGUUUGAUGGAUCAGAAAAUGAUCAUCCAGCAGAAGAAUCUAUCAAAUAUCCAAUUGAUGACCUCUUGGUUCAGCCACAUCCAGAUGAUCCAGUUUUUACCAAUUGCCCUUCUCCAUCUAGGGAUUUUGAUGUACCACUAGAUUGUUUUGGUGAUCUUCUAAUGGUUUGGGAUUUUGUUUCAUCUUUUGGUAGGCUAUUGCACUUAUGGCCAUUUUCUCUUGAAGAUUUUGAAAAAGCUAUCUGCCACAAGAAGGGAAAUCUGACUCUUCUUGUUGAAACUCAUGGGGCUCUUCUUCGGGUGCUCAUAAAAGAUAACGGUGAAUAUGCAGUAGCUGUACAAAAACGGCGACCAAAGAUUACAUUAGUCACUUGGACGGAUUAUUUGUAUGAUUUCCUAGAAAUGGUGAAUAUUCCUGAAUUACAUGAGCACACAGCAACUAUCAAGCGGGGUCACUAUGGUCUUUUAGAUCCUAAUGCUAAAUUGGCAGUCUUCCGAGAAUUGAUUAAUCAAGCACUUGAAUCAAAGAUUGUUAGGGAGAAGAUGGAUGAAAUUGUUGAACAGAGGCAGGCACUUGGGGUCUCAAGGAGGGAGGAAGCAUUGGAGGAAGCCAGGAAGAAACGAGCAAAGAAAGAGCAGUUGAAGGCCGAGCCAGAUGGCAAUCGAGAAGUCGAUAUCAAGGGUGUAGGAAAUGCUUCAGCAAAUGGUAAUCAUAUAAAACAGAAUGGAAAUGUAGUAAAGAAAAGAAAUGGUGAGAUCCAAGCGUAUGGAGAAGAUCUUGACUCAGAUAAAAGUGAGAGCAAGCGAAUGGAGACCGUGUCAAAACAGAAUGUGGAAGGGAAAGCUCCAACAAAAAAUGAGAAAGAUUUAUCUGACAAGGAAGCAAUGAACUUGGCAAAGGAUAAUGGAAUGGAAGUCAGGGGAAAGAGUAGCAAAGAACGGAGAGAAUAUUAUGAGCGGGAGAUGGAGAAACGAUUUGUACGCACCGACUCCUUGGGCAAAGACAGAAAUCAUAACAGAUAUUGGUGGUUCCAGCGAGAUGGUAGGGUAUUUGUCAAGAGUUCCGAUUCCAAGCAGUGGGGAUACUAUAGUAGCAAGGAAGAGCUUAAUUUGUUGAUGGGGUCACUGAAUUGCAAGGGUGAGAGAGAGAGGAAACUCAAAAAGCAGCUGGAAAAAGGCUAUAACCGAAUAAGCGAGGCUCUUGAAAAGAGAUCAAAGGACCUGGCUCAAAAGAUUGCAAUGGAGGAUGACUCUGUGGUUCGAAGGUCUACUCGUGUGCGUGCUCCGCCAAGCAAAAAUCAUGUCAAUGCUUUCCUCGAGUAUGUUAACAAGUGGAAGGAGGAAUAAUUGAGCUUCAGUUUUGCAUUAAGAGGCCGAAGUUUUGAUCAGUUUAGACUAUUGGCUCCCUCCCUACAUUUUAACUUGACAUUUAGGCCAAAUUAGAGUAGCAAUUUUGGAUGGGCUCCAGUACUUUCUGGAUAUAUCUCUGGUGGGUAUGGAAAAGGUUUGGAGUCCGCUGUCCUGGGCCGAGGAAGGGAGGAGAUAAAACUCAUAAAAGUAGGAGAAGAAUAGGGAAUGAGCAGGCAUGUAUUUGUGCUCAGCCAUUCAAUUUUUUUUGUGAAUGAUCUUGGUUCGCAUUGAUUCU